AUGUCAAUACACAAGGAAAGGAUGGCCUCUGCGGCAAGAACUGUGCGCCCAAAUAAACCACGGAUUGAGUCUAAUCCCAAAUUAAACGCGACAACAACGCACAAUGUGGAAAUAUGGAGUGCGACUUUGGUUCAGCCCACAGUAUGUUUUAUGGGAACAAUUCUGAACAUAUUGAACUUUAUCGUGUUUCGUCAGCGACAGUUCACGGCCACGCCCUAUUUGUAUAUGUCUGCACUGGCGAUUGCCGACGCGGGCACCCUGCUCGUUUAUCUACCAACAGGGAUAACGAAGUGUGAUCGUCGAAUACCGAUUUGCGUCCUACCCUUCACCAAGGAUUUGCGCACAUUCCUCAGCUACUACCACACCUACGUGGGAUUUGGCUUGGGUAACAUAUUUGAAGCUAUGUCUUCGUGGAUAACCGUGCUCAUAUGCAUAGAGCGCUACGUGAUUAUGCGAUGGCCUCAUCUAGGAAAAUUGCACUUUUCGCGUCGAGCGGCCAGAUGUCAGAUCAUUUGCACAAUAUGUUUUGUCAUUUUGUUCCACUUGCCCAUGUUCUUCGCACUCAAAAUUGAACGAGGUGAAUUUGUGACCGGAAACAACACGUCCAAACGUUACCUGAAAAUGGGAAUGACGUGGUUUGGUCACUCAAUGUACUAUUACAUCAUCACGUGGGUUCGAUUUAUAUGCAUUCAAUGUAUUCCACUCGCCCUGCUUUGUGUGGUCAACCUGCGGCUGCUCAUCCUUAUAUGGUCAAACUAUCGAAAACAACGGAUGCAUUCUGUACACAUCGAUAACGGUGACGAUAUGAUGAAACGGGAGGAAUUUCUGUCGUCCAUUAUAGAACAUCAAAGUGAGAUUGUAACCCAACUGUCUCCAGAUUAUGCGGACAGAGAACGUUCCAAAGGGUACAGAGCGGAGCGCGUGGAAAGUUUACAAGUUCCCAGAUUAUGCCCGGUUGGUUCGAAUCACUUGAGAAAACAUUCGUCGAGCAUACCAAACGCAGCAUUCUAUGGUUCAAGCUCAUCUUUAAUACAGCAAGGCCGCAUCGACAAAAAGCCACACAGUGUUGCCGCAAUUGAGUUGGAUUUUCAAGAUGGCAGGCGCAAAGCCGACUGCAUCUACAAAUUAACUGUGAAAGUGUUGCGCCAGACAAAUAACUGGAUUCCCAAUUACAUAGACGGCGCUGUCACACCCCAAGUAUUCCUCAUGGAGGUGGCCACUGUAUAUGCAUAUCUUCGUUUUACCAUCGAUGCCUGCGAUGCAUCGCGUGGCUAUGGUAGGAACAUCGGGAUGAUCUGUCACUAUCACUGUCUGCGUCGACAAAAUCGUGAGGCGGCCUAA